AUGAAGAAUACACACACCUUUAGCGCUGCGGCCGCGCUCAUCGCGACCUUCUCCCUGGCCACCGCACAAAAUGCACCCAAGUGCGGAGCCGGCAACCAAUGUCCAGAAGACGCGCCCUGCUGCUCCCAGUAUGGCCAGUGCGGUGCAGGAGCAUACUGUCUUGGUGGAUGCGAUCCCGUCAACUCCUUCAACCUCCAAUCGUGCGUGGCAGCUCCGACGUGUAAAAGCUCCGACUACAAGAUGGACUCUAUGGACGACAUAAUGAAAAACACCGAAUAUCUGGGAGACGCGAGUAAGGCGAACUGGGUCAGCUCGGGGACUGUUGUGCCAUAUAAUGGAGACUCUGUCCUGCUCACCAUGGCACCGAGCACAGUCGGAACAUUACUUUCCAGCACACACUACGUCUGGUACGGCAAGAUCAGCGCUACGAUGACCACAUCGCAAGGCAAAGGUGUCGUGAGCGCUUUCAUCCUGAUGAGCGAUGUCAAGGACGAAAUCGAUUUCGAGUUUGUUGGUGAAGAUGUCACGGAUGCCCAAAGCAACUACUACUGGCAAGGCGUAACCAACUACAACAACAUGGAGAAGUUGAAGACCACCGACAGUCGCCAAAAUGUUCACACAUACACCAUUGACUGGCAACCAGAUCAGCUUACAUGGGCUAUUGAUGGCGAAGUCAUGCGCACGCUGAAGAAGUCCGAUACAUGGAACGAGACGAGCAACGCCUUCAACUACCCUCAGACACCUUCCCGCAUUCAGCUUUCUUUGUGGCCUGCUGGACUUCCAAGCAACGGCGAGGGCACCAUCGAGUGGUCUGGAGGUCUCGUUGACUGGGACAGCCCAUACAUGCAGAACGGAUACUACUUCGCAAUGGUCAAUGACGUGAGCGUAGAGUGCUACGAUCCACCGAGCGGCUUUUCAAACGACUUUGGCGACAAGGCCUACUACUAUCUGAACGAUGCUGCCACCAACAACACCGUCGCGAUUGGUAACAAUGACACCACUUUGGCAUCAUUCCUCGCAACUGGCAACAAGCCUGACUUUGACCCGAACGCAAAGGCUAGUGGCACAAGCAGCAAGGCCAGCUCCGCUCCUACCAAUAUGCCCGAGACCGUUCCUGGUAUCUCUGGAGGUGGCAAUGCGGCCAGCAGCGGCCAAGCUCCAGUCGAUACUGGUAGUGAUGACUCUUCAUCGUCCUCUUCCAAUUCUAAYGCUGCCUCCGGCGGCUCGUCUUCAAAUGGCGGCAGUGGUGUAGUUUUCUCUCAGGGAGGCGGUAGUGAUGGCACUAGUGAGGCUGCACCAAGAAUUAUCGCAGGCAGCGCGGUAGCACUUCUUGGUUUUUUCGCUGUUGCAUUGAUGAUGUGA